AUGUCGAGCGAGGACGUGGCCUACCUGCUCAGUUUACAGGCUGUUCGUGGUCGGGCACAGCAGGUCCUCCAGGCGGCCCAAGAGGGCUCUCUCGUCAAUUUCAACUAUGAUGCCCAACGAUUGCCAGCUGUUGCAGACUUUGUAGUUGGUGUCAUUCGGCGCGACUUUGGUCCAGACAAGUUCGCUGAGAUCCCUCCUCAUGGUCGGUGGCAGCAUUUCGAUGUUGGCGGCGUGGCACGGGUGGCCGCCCUCUUGGACGAGUGGAAGGCACAGGGCUGCGACGAGCUGGAAUUGACACGGCGGCUAAUAGAUCUGUUCUUCGUCUCAGUUCUGCUCGACGCAGGAGCGGGCGAUGUGUGGAAGUUCAGAGAGCCUGGGACAGGCAGUGUCUACAAUCGCAGCGAAGGCAUAGCUGUGGCCUCUCUAUACAUGUUCAAAGCUGGUGCUUUUGGAAGUGCAGCAGGUGUCGAUGGAGCUGGGCUUGUCGGCCUCAAGGAGGAUGCUUUCGAAAAGUAUUUUCAGAUUUCUGCAGAGAACCCCAUGAUCGGCGUGACUGCCCGCGUCAAGCUCCUGCAGAACGUAGGAUCGUCACUUCUUCAGUUGCCCAAAGUCUUUGGGCCGUCAGGUCGACCUGGCAAUCUCGUUGACUACUUGGUCGAUACCUCACAAGGAUCAAAAACACUUGACUACGAGGUCCUCUGGUCAACGCUACAAGAUGUGUUGAUACCAUCUUGGCCGAAAGAUCGGACACACAUUGACGGCAAGCCUGUGGGAGAUGCAUGGCCGCUGAAAGUCCUGGAAUUGGCAGCAGAGAAAGCAGGCACAAGCGCCACGGCCGGCACCGCAAUCCAGCCCUUUCACAAACUCACACAGUGGCUUGGGUAUUCCCUAACGGUACCAUUUGUCCGUGUUCUGGGCUUUCAAGUGAUCAAUGGCGAGCUUGGAACCGGACUACCUGAAUACCGAAACGGCGGCCUCUUCGUAGACCUGGGCGUCCUCCAACUCAAGCCCGACGUGCUGAAGCAAGGGUGCGCUGCCUCAGGGCAGAGUCUCCCCAUGUACUCUGCGAUAAGCGACACGAUUGUGGAGUGGCGGGCGAUGACAGUGGCCCUUCUAGACGAGCUCCAUAAACUCGUCUCUGCGCAGUUUGCAAAGGAAGGCGUCCAAUUGACCAUGGCACAGAUGCUGGAGGCUGGGACUUGGAAGGGCGGCCGUGAGUUGGCCGCAAAAUAUCGCCCCGAGACGAGGUCUAGCCCCAUUCUCAUAGAUGGUGAUGGCACACUUUUCUAA